GUGUUCGGGUCAUUUAACUCGUAUCUAAUAGCUAUUCGAUCGGCGUUCGAUGCAUUGAACGCAUUUACAUUUCGACGGCAGGCAAAUCUGGACGUCGGAGUGCGCAGUGGCCCAGUGCGCAUCGGUGGACCGAAACACGAAGAGCGAGAUCAGCGAGAGAGUUGAGAGUGUAAUGUCUGAUAAGGCGAGUGAUGGACAGUCGUGCGAGUGCGUGACCGUACCUUCAGUUUUGACAGUUCAACCGUAAAAAGUGACUCGAGGGAGGUACAGAUUCCCGAACAGCGCCCGAAUCGCGUCUAAUAUGUAUGUGCCAACGUGCCAUUGAUCAAAGCGGACGGUUCGGAGGACUGAUUCAGAAAAUCGCACGGACAAGGAAAAAGCACAAGUGGUCGUCGGUGUGUGUCGCGCGUUGUGUCCCGUCGUAAGCACCUACGUGUCUUUCGUCAGGAGUAUAAGAACAUUAAUCGGAGGUGGUUACCUCCGUACGAAAUAAAUAAGGACCAGAAUCUGUCAUAAUUUCUUCCCACUGGCAAACAAAGGCGGCUGGUUUUAGCGCUGCCUUUGAAGACUGGAUAUAGUACUGCCUCUCUCUUUCGUUCUUGCUCUCGAGGGACGAGGAAGCAGAAUGGAGGCGAUAGCGAAGCACGAUUUCACGGCUACUGCGGAGGAUGAGCUUAGUUUUCGAAGGAGCCAGAUCCUGAAGAUUCUAAAUAUGGAAGAUGACAUGAAUUGGUAUAGAGCUGAACUAGAUUCCAGAGAAGGUCUCAUUCCAAGUAAUUACAUAGAGAUGAAGAACCAUGACUGGUAUUAUGGAAGGAUAACCAGAGCAGAUGCAGAAAGAUUAUUAAUGAACAAACACGAAGGCGCUUUUCUUAUUAGAAUUAGUGAAAGUUCUCCUGGUGAUUUCUCUUUGUCCGUUAAAUGUUCGGAUGGCGUUCAACAUUUUAAAGUAUUGAGAGAUGCUCAAGGCAAAUUUUUUCUCUGGGUGGUUAAAUUUAACAGUCUUAAUGAAUUAGUAGAAUACCAUCGCACGGCAUCCGUUUCCCGCUCGCAAGAUGUUAAAUUAAGGGAUAUGGUUCCAGAAGAAUGUCUAGUGCAAGCAUUAUACGAUUUUGCGCCACAGGAACCCGGGGAACUCGAAUUUAAGAGGGGAGAUGUAAUUACCGUUACCGAUCGUACAGAUCAACAUUGGUGGCACGGAGAGAUCGGCAAUAGACGGGGUCUGUUUCCAUCUACAUAUGUUACUCCAUAUCACUCCUAGGCCUCAUGUGCACACAGAGGUCACAGGCAUCGACCUCUUAAUCCCACCACUAUCAUAUACAGGAUCAGACUUACUGCAGAAUUAAUCAACAAUAUUUUGCAAACUCCGCCUAUCGAAUGGGCUACCAGGAUGUAUUGGUGGUCUAGACGUCGAGUUGUCUAGCUUGGUUGAAUAUACCAUUAGCACUCUUCGUUGGUCUCAUUGAAAUAAAUUCUCCAUGUUUAGUAAUUACGUAAACAAACGAGUACGUAGAGUUCCUUGAUGUAGCGCAUAACGGGGUAGCAAGUUUGUUUUGUUAUCAUUGGAAUAGCGAGAGUAAAUUUUCACUGGGACCGAUACUAUUAUUCGAAGUUAUCAAUAGUCAUUGUGUGUGUGUACAACAGAUACAUCUUUAAACAUCUCAUAUUUCAGUUCCGCGAAGUAAUCGAGUAGAAGGUAGAUGUGAAAAUACAUUCACUAUAUUUACGCGUGACAAACGAAUCUUUAAAUAGUGUUUCCUAUUUCUUGGUAGUCCAUUAAUGGGAGUAUUCAUAUGGGAACGUACAACAUCAAUUGUGUACAUCAAUGAUGAGGAGCAUCGGCCAUAUUAAACGAAACUGCAUAUUGUUUCGAAAGACAGGUUUAUUACAGGGCUGUAAUAAACAUUGUAUUUUUCAAUACGAAUUCGCUGUUCGAAGAACGGGGACCUUGGUGAUAAAGAGCCUAGUAAGCUACCCUUACGUGAGAUACAAGAACUUUAUAUAGAUAUAGCAUUAAACGCGUCGCCUUUUGGCAUAAAAUGCACACUUAUUAUGCCUCUAUGUUGUGGAUAUUUUUACAAAUACUUUAGGAAGAAAGUAUUCUUCCAUUGGUUAAGAUACAUCUGACACCACUAUAUCAGAUAUUCUUGCUGUGUAUCAUAUAUAGACUUGUACUUUCAGACUGCACGUUGAAUAACCAUUCUGACGUCUUUUUAUGAAAAUCCUUUUUAAGUAUUAGCAAAGAUAUAUAAUUGCAGUUUGAACAAGCUAUUUUGCGUUUUGAUUUUUUCCCCUAUCGUACGUAUACGAUGGGAGAAUUAUAUUUUUACAAUUACCGACUAUUCUAUGAAACAUAGUUUUUCACUUUGGAACAUUGUGUCUUUUUUGUCUAGAAAUGUUACGACGAAGAAAAGCGAACGAGAAUACAAUUUUUUACACGAACAUAGUACAUGUUAUAUAUUCUUAUUGAAACUCGAGUACAACGAGUGACUGAUUUAUUCUUUGUAGUGUGCUAGAAUAGUAACAAAAGAAUAAAACGUAGAGUAUCAAAAUAAGAAAAUACAAAUUUUUAUGUCGAAAAUUCAGUUAAUUUCGUGAUAUAUGUUACCUUCUUAAUGAAAAUUUCUAUUCUGUAAAUGCAUUUUUGAGAGAUGCCAAAAAGCGAUACGACAUCGAGAAUAGGCCGUGCGAAAUAGACUCGACUUUUGAACACGACUGGUCUGUACAAUGCAAAACAUGUAAUUUUUAAAAGAGCGUAAGUUCGUGUACAUUUUUUUAAAUAUUUUCUUUUUAUCUGAUCAUUUCGGUAAAUCUUGCUUUCGUAUUUCUGUGUAAACAAUGAAAAUACGUAGCUGUAUCGUGUAAUUAUUAUUAUUAUUAAUAUUAUUAUUAUUAUAUUAUUAUUCGUUAUGUUACAUUUUAUUGAUAACAAUAUAUUAUAUUAAUUACAUUUGCAUGCUUUAUUUACUUACGCCCAUAAACCACGACAGUUUGAUUACAGCAGAAAUUUUAUCUACGUUACGUGAUAAUAUUGUAUUUUAGUUCGAAUAACUGCUUUGCAUAUACAUUUUAGACAAUUAACGCUAUAUGCUUGUGCAUGCAUUGUAUUAUAAAAUAGAUGGAACCAAAAAAAAGUAAUUCUAAAAAGACAUACCCUUUCUUUAAUCCAAAAGACUGCAAUAAUGACCUUAUGGUUCUUAAAAAGUAUAACCCUGGGGUCGCCGACGCUUGUUUCACCGACACGAUUUGAUCGGUAUUAACUUUUGUCGACACUAUGUUUACGUGGACACACAUUUAAUACUUCGUUUCCCAUGAAUAGAGGAAAUAACUUCCGCCACUUGUUCAAAACUAAUUUGCAUUGCGUUUGUUUCACGAACAAUUUAACCCUUACAAUCACGAACAGAUUGACGAUGAAAGCGUUUGUUAACGACUGGAUUGUAUCGAUGUAAAGCAUAGUAUCGAUAAAAGUCGAUGUUGGUCAAUUCGCGUCAGCAACCCCAGAGUAAACCCGUUUCUGUAUUGUACCCAAAAUUAUGGUUACGGACAUAGGCGUUAACGUAUGUAGUUUUGACCCACUUUACACCGUCAAUACAUUUAGUGAAGAUUUAUUAUAUUUUAUGUAGUUCCUGAUAAAACGAGUAUUAUAUCAAGAGAUUGGGAGAAAAAUUGAAAUUUACCGAAACAAAGAAUAUUCUAGUGUUUGCUUUUUAUAAAGUCUAAUAUUAAAAAAACCGCGAAGUUCGGUUGCUUAGGUUCAAAAUAAAUUGUUAGAACGCAAGUUCAUCCAUUUAAUUCUAGCUUUAUGGUUAAUGUUAUUGAAAAUGCGGAUAUAGUAUAGUUAAAAAACUGUCAGAAACAUCUGAAGAUUAGUAGUGUAGAUUUUAAGAAAUACAAAGCAUACAGAUUCACUUGCCUUAUGUACUUAAAGGUUGCUCAUUUUAACAAAUAUUCUCAUACAUAAUUUAUUUUCCCGAUUUUUUU